UCAGCGCGCUGUGCGUCGCGCCAAAACAAAAAUGGCGGCAGCAGCGACAGAGAGGUGGCGGCUUUGGGCCGUCUGCUUGCUCUGAGCGGUGCGGAUUCGGCCUCUUCCCGGCCGGAACCGAGGCAAGGCUGAGCGGAGAGUGGAGCGCUGCCGUGGCUGCCUGGCGGGGUGGAGCCGGAGCCGGAGCCGGAGCCGGGUGUUGGGCGGGGUGCAGCCGCGAGGGGAAGAGGCGGCUGAGGAGAGGUGGGAGGCUGGCGGCGGAGGACUGUUUUGUUUUCACGAUGUUUGGGGACUUAUUUGAAGAGGAUUUUUCCUUUAUUUCAAACAAUCAUUAUGGAAAAGGAAAGAAAUCAAGGCCCAAAGAUUCUGAGCCUCCAGCUCCCAGAGAUUUUACCAAUCUUAGUGGUAUCAAAAACCAAGGUGGGACCUGCUACCUCAAUUCCCUUCUGCAGACUCUGCUUUUCACACCAGAAUUCAGAGAGGCACUGUUCUCUCUAGGACCUGAAGAACUUGGGACUCUGGAUGAUGUUGGCAAACCAGAUGCAAAAGUUCGGAUAAUUCCAUUACAACUUCAACGGUUAUUUGCCCAGCUCCUGCUCUUAGAUCAGCAGGCUGCAUCUACAACAGACCUUACUGAGAGCUUUGGUUGGAACAGCAAUGAGGAAAUGAGGCAGCAUGAUGUGCAGGAGCUGAAUCGGAUUCUGUUCAGUGCUUUGGAGAGUUCCCUUGUGGGAACUUCGGGUCAUGACCUUAUUAAUCGAUUGUACCACGGGACUGUUGUCAACCAGAUUGUUUGUAAAGAAUGCAAGAACAUCAGUGAGAGACAGGAAGAUUUUUUAGACCUAACAGUGGCAGUAAAAGGUGUAACUGGUUUGGAGGAGGCCCUGUGGAACAUGUAUGUGGAAGAGGAAUACUUUGAAAAUGAGAACUUGUAUCGAUGUGGAGCCUGUGAUAAGCUUGUUGAGGCAUCAAAGUCAGCUAAACUACAUAAGUUGCCUCCCUUUCUCACCAUCUCUCUCCUGAGAUUUAACUUUGACUUUGAGAAGUGUGAACGAUACAAGGAAACUAGUUGCUAUACCUUCCCUUUCCAGAUAAAUCUGAGGCCUUUUUGUGAGCAGACUGAAAUGGAUGAUUCAGAGUACAUGUAUGAGCUCUUCUCUGUUAUUAUACAUAAAGGUGGCUGCUAUGGAGGACACUAUCAUGUUUAUAUCAGAGAUGUGGAUGAAUUAGGAAACUGGCAAUUACAAGAAGAUGAGGAUAGGCUGAUUGAAGAUAAACCUUCAAGAGAGAAUGAAAAUGCCAAAGAAACAGAAAAUCCAUUGGCAGUAUUGAAAGGGAUUUUAUCAGAGGAAGAAUGUAAACAAAUUCCUGUGGAUCAAUUAGGGCAGAAAUUCUUGGAGAAAAUAAAGAUGUCCUGGAACAAGAAAUACCGAAAACAGUACGGAGCAUUACGAAAGUAUUUGCAGAAUCAUCCCCAGAUAUUUCAGUUCAGUCCUGAUGAAAAUAAAGUUGGUUUAAAGGAAAAAUACAAGCUCCAAUUUAAGUCUGAUUUUCAAGGACAAGAUUUCUGGAGCCCUCCUCAGGAGAAUGGUAUCCAAUGGAAUUCAGAAAAAGAACCUCUAAGGCUAGGAGAGAGUUCUGCUGGUUGCCAUUGGUUUGAUCUGAAUGAUUCAAAAGUCCAGCCCAUCAAAGAGGAGGAUAUUGAGAAACAAUUUCAGGGUAAAGAGAGUGCCUACAUGCUGUUCUAUCGCAAGUCUCAGUUGAAAAGACCUCCUGAAGCUCGAGGAAAUCCAAGGUACCAAAUUCCUGAACAUCUUCUGAAUGAAAUGAAUGCUGCUAACAUGGAGCUGCAAAAAAAGAGAGCGGAGUGUGACUCGGCAAACAAUAGCAUUGAUUUACGUCUCCAUUUGAGCACAUGUUAUAAAUUUCACAAUGGGGCCUUGCAUCCUUCACUUAGUUGGAGAGAGAGCGUUCUAGAUCUGACUGUUGACAGAAGAAAAACUCUAGGAGACCUUCGACAAUCAAUUUUCCAGAUGAUGAAAUCUUGGGAAGGAGACAUGGUUCUCAGUAGUGCUAAACCUUUACCAGCAGGGCUGCACCUUUACCAGAUACUUGAUGGAGAUGAGCUGACACUGGACUGCUUUGGGCUGGUUGAUGGAGCAGACGUUUUUGUGUGGAAUGGGAAGGAGGUUGGUGGCGUGAAGGUGAUGGCAGGCCCUGAUCAUGAACCUGUUCUCUUAAACAUUCUUCGUUUAGUGGAACAUAAUGAAGGAGGGAAGGGUCAGCAUUUCACAGAAUCGCAGCACAUUUUUCCAUGCAGCACAAAACUCAGUGAUCUGUGCAAAGCAUUAGCACCAGCAGGAGGAAUAAUCUUAAAGAAUGACUCAGGAUAUAAAGAAGCCAAGAACUGGGAGGUUUUUCUUGAAGAACAUAUGAAGGAAACCAUCAAAACCAUUGGUCUGACAGAUGGAUGUUCAGUAUUAAUCUUAGACAGCCAUGAUCAAAGCUUGGUGAAUAUUUCAAGUGGUAAUUUGUCUGCUUUUACAUACGACAUCAGCUGGCUCCAGGUGAAAAACUUCUGUGGAACGGAUGAUGAAGAGAAACAUGUUAAAAUUACUGCCACAAUUGAAACAGUGAUGUCAGAUAUCAAGAUGAAAGCAAUACACGAGCUACAGCUAGAGGAGGAGCUAGCAAGUGAAAGCUGUCUUAGACCUGUUAGCAGAAAUGGGAAACUUCUCUCUCCAGUGCCUGAGGAUUAUACUGUCAAGGAGGCAGAACUGAAAAUGGGAAGCUUGCUAGGGUUGUGUCGUGGAAAAGCUCCAACUUCCACUCAGCUCUUUUUAUAUUUUAUUAUUGAACGUGACCACUUUACAAGCCCUGAGAUGGAAAUUGUUGUGGAAGAGACUGCCUCUGUGAAAGAAUGUCUAAAUUUAAUGCUGGAAAAAUCUGGAUUAUCAGGUGACAGCUGGCAUUUGAGAAGGAUGGACUGGUGCUUUGAAGCAGGAGAAGCUUUAAGUCAAGAAAAUGCUACUUUGAAGGAACUUAAUGUUUGCAGAGGAGAUACUUUGGUUGUAACUGAAGGAAAGCUUCCACCGAAGGGUUUCUUGAAAAUACCUAUUUGGUGGUUGAAGUCUUCGAGUCAAACAAAACAUGAAGAGAAGGCACGAGACCAGGUGAAUGGGAUGACCUGCAAGAUGGAUGCUUUGCAAGUGUCUCCUGCAGGAGAUUCACCAGAAUACAUCCAAGCAGACAUGGAUCUGUGCUAUGCUGGCAUUACAGAAAUAGCAGGCGAAUCUUCUUUGGAAGAUCUGAAGAUGCAGGCUCUGACCUUACCACAGUGCCCAGAGCACGUUAUCCCACUGCCCACGUUUCUCAGAGCCUGGACAGUGGAAAACAGGCGCCCAGGCAGGCUGCUACGACACAACAAGCAGCAACUCAGUGAAUAUAAGCUGGGUGCCAGAGUGGAAAUCUGCAUAGAACCUUUGCAGAAAGAAGAGAACUUGAGCCCGCAUGAAUUGCUGCUUCGAGUACAGAUGGGCAUACCGGGGAAAAGGGACUACUAUAACCCCAUGGAUUUGGUGUGGAAUAUCUCCAAAGAAUGCACUACCUGGGCACUGAGGCAAAGAGUGGCUUCUCACUAUUGUCUCCCUGUAGAUAAAAUUGAAAUAGCCAAAUACUUCCCUGAAAAAUUUGAGUGGCUGCCAAUAUCUAGCUGGACCCAGCAAAUUUCGAAGAGAAAACGGAAGAAAAAACAGGAGAGUUUACAGUCAGCUCCUUAUCACCUAAAAGAUGGAGAUAUCAUUGGGGUGAAGAAUCUUCUCCUUGAUGACAGUAAGGAUUUCAGCACAGUGAGAGAUGAUGUUGGAAAACAGAAGCAAAGGCAGCUUGCAUUAGAGAAAAAGAAAAGUCAGCAAGCUGAACGCUCCCAGGACCAUGUUCUAUCUGAGGAAAAACUGAAUAUUAAGCAUCGUAAACCAGAAGUGGCUCUUUCCAUCAACGUGGGAGUUUUCAGAUAGCACUAGGAGAUGAUUUGCUGAGCAGAACAUAGCACAAUGUGCUACAUGUGAGUGCCUCAACUGGACCAGCAAGAGGGAUGCUUGUGCUCAGAGAACCAUCAGGAAUCACCAAGACAAACUGGAUAUAGGAUUUGGGUUAACUCUGAUCUGCUUCUAAUCUCUCUGAGGAAGAGCUUCAGCAUCCCUUAAUUGAUGUGGUACUUAUUCUCAGGUUAGAUAAAUGCACUUUAUCCAUGAGAAAACUGAUUAAUAUAUUGUAUUACCUUUCGAUGACUGUUUUGUAACCACCUUAAAUGCUUCUUUUGUCAGAUGCUGAUGCACCAUCACCACAAAGUUAGCUGCGUUUUAGAGUGCAGUCUUAGAUGUCUCUUUCUAGAAGUUACUUUUUCUUCCCUGAUCAUUGAGAUUACUAACGAUACCAGAAUUUACUUUUGUCUCUUUAUAUAUAAACAUAAAUCUGUAGUAAUUCUUCUUGGUGUCACACAGUUGAUUUACAGCCUCUGUCACAGAAUGGGACAAAUGCAGCCAACUGGCAGCUGAACUCAGUAUCAAAGGUUCUUAAAUAUUUAAGUGAAACAUUUACUAAGUGCUCAUAAGAAUGGAUCUCAUAACUGAUGGGAGAUCUUACUCUCUUACCCCUGAGGCUGGAAAUCAGGGUUUGUUAAGAGCAGAUGUUUCAGCAUCUUUAGAUAAACUUUUUUAAUGCUCACAGUACUUAUGCUGUGUUUCCCCACUGCAUGUGUGUAUUCAUUACCCAAUUUCUCAUCAGGUUCAGAAUAUUUUUUGAGUACAACUAGUGCUGACAAAUU